AUGUGGGAAAAUGAAAUGAUCGUCUAUAAAAAUUGCCCGGAGUCUGAUGGAAUCGACGGAGUAAAUGUAGCUUUUGAGAAAGGGGAAUCAGAAAUGGAAAACGCCAUUAAAUCGAGUACAGGAGAAAUUCGAGAUGAAAUUAGAAAGAGCCGGAAAAACCCACGGAUAAUUGUUGAGCCUUCGGGAAAUACAGCCAAUGGAUGUAAUAAUUUCAGAGCAAAUUUCACGAAGAACGAGGUGAUUUUCGCUCUGUCGAGAAAUGCCGAGAGGGAGAUAAACAGACUAAAGAAGAAGGGAAUUGCAAGGGAACGUUACGAGGAAUUAUUGGGAGGAUUGAAUUUGAAAAUCGAUUCGAUAGAAUUCCGAAGGAGUUCUAAAUGUGCCAAGGAAGAUUGUUCGUUUAGACACGUAAAUGGUAAAAAAUCGAAAUGUAACGUCUGGCAUGAAUUAGGCACUAAAGCUCCCCGGAGACGAGUUUCGGAACUGAACGACUUCGAAAAGGAUUUGCUAAGAGCGGUCGUGAAAGAGCUUAGACGAACUCAAAGAAACGAAAGGACGACGUCUUCCUCGAAUUUCGAAAAAUCCCGACGAUAUUCGAUUCCGACGAACGGAAUGAGUCUUCAAACCGGGGAAAAGACGAAGAGAUUUUCACCCAGAAUGACGGCAGGCUCGGAUAAUGGAAUACUCCAUUUUUAUAAUAACUGGAAUAAUCCUUUCUGCGAGCCGUAUUCGCCGAAAAAAUAUUUCGCAAUGUCAAAAGGCAACCAAAAUAGCGUGUCAAAAAUGUUAUACCAAGUCUUGCAAGGUCAGUUCGAGAAAGUUGAAAAAUUAUUGGGGGAAUUUCAAAGCUCGAGAACAGAAUGUUUGUUCUCUGAAUUUUUGGAAAAUGAAAGAGACGACGAAGUCGAGGACGAGGAAAACUUCGACCCUGGAGGACGGUGCGAUGAAUAUUUAUUUGUCGAAAGUACGAAGGAAACGGCAUGUCAAUGUGAUGUACUUCAAGAAGAGGAAGCGAGAAUCAUUGCCAGCGGUAAUUCUAGUUUGGAUGUAAAAAUUUUCAUUCCUGCAAAAAUGACAUGUAAUAGUUCCGUAGAGGUUGAAUUUAAUUGCAGAAACGAUCGUUCUUGCGAAGAUGUAGCGGUGGAGUGUAAUAUCGCAACAUUCGAUGACGAGGACGAGGACAAAAUAUUAGGAAUCGAUUCCGAUUCCGAUUCCAUAAACGAUGAUCCGAAAGAGUCACUGAAUUGGCCCAGAGGUGUACAACAACCUGGAAUCGAAGAUUCUAAGCCCAGUCUUCAAUUGCAGAAUACCUUAAUCAAUGCUAUUUUCGAGUCCCUGAAAAAAUAUGGAUACGCCAUUGCGACGAGAGGAAAAUCGAUGGUAGAAAUACGAGAUGAUUCCAGAAAAUCAUGGCACGAGGAAGAAAUGGAUAAUCUCGAAGAAAAAUGUACAGAAACUCAAACGGAUUUAGCGGAAGAAGAGAUUGAGAAGUUGAAACCGCGUAAAACUUCAAGUUUCGUUAUCGGCAACAGUUUCCCCGAGAAAACUCAGGAGACGUUCGCUCGGACCGAGGAACUUACUUUCGACAGAGAAUCGGUAAAUGAUGAAAAAUGUCAGGACGAUACGAAUAUAAAUGUCGAUUGCUGUUACGAGAACAAAGACAACUUAAACGAGUCGAAAAAGGGAUCGAACGGUAGAUUCUAUCGGUGGAUUAAUUUAUUGACAGGCUGGCUCGGAAGGAACAUGACCUGUCCUAAGGGUAAAGAGGGCGUGUUCCAAAUUGACUCGGUUUUAGCGAAUCAUCUUCCCGAUGAUUUCGAGGACUCCGAGCUUCUAAAAAAAUUGGACUCCGUGAAGAUGCUGCUCAAAAAUACAGAGGAAUCUUUCGAAGAAUUGAAAAGGGAAUUAGGGGGCAAGAAGGACGUCAGUAAGGACAUUGAGGUCGAAAAUCGAAUAAAUCGGGAAAGCUCGUGCCAAACUGCGUCCAUUGACGAAAGUUUCUACGGUGACCCGAUUAUUCCACAAAUUGGGUCGAUGGCUCGAUUUGCCGAGGCGAGUCUGAACGAUUUGAAGGAUUCCAACGCCAAGGAAACCCUCUUAAGAGUAAUAAGGCACUUCGAAAAUAUUCUUCUGCAAGGUACAAAGCCUCCGGAGGCAGUUGUCGAUUUCUCAUCGAGUUUAGAUAAGUCGGAAAAAGAAGUGCAGGUUUACGAGGUACAGGAAAAAUACGUCGAUACGAAGAGUACAAUAAACGAUAAAUAUUAUGCCACGGAAAAUGCAUAUGAAAAUUACCCCAAGGUGGACGCUUCCGAGGUCAAAUGUAAUAAUUCAACGAAUGCCAAUGUGGCGAUAAAUUGGAGGACUUUGAAAAUAACGGAACAAGCCGUGAAUCAUUUCUCAAAUUAUGUCGUCUCAGAACUGCUACGUCUUCCACCAAAGGCUGCAAGAAGAACACGGGAAAGAAUUGAAAAUCUCAUUGACAAUGUUUAAACAAAAUGUGUGAAUGAUGCCGAGUGACGAGUACUUGCUUCGGGUGAUACGAUAACGGUAAUACGUGAUAAUUCUUAUAAUUUAACCGGUAUCGCUCAG